CGCGACGAGCUGAGCUUCUCGGAGGGGGACGUCAUCACGGUGACCUCCUGCGCCUCGGAUUGGUGGAGCGGGAGGCUCCCUGGCGGCCGCCGCGAGGGCCUCUUUCCCUCCGAGGCCGUGCGGCUGAACACCCGGCCCGUGGCCCGCUUCGACCUCGUGGGCGCUCCCGGCGGCGAGGGCUCCAUGACAGCCGUGGUCAUGUUGAUGCAGGCCAACUCGAUGAUGAGGCGCAGGUUCUACAAGCGGAAGGAGGAUGGCCUGAACUACAAGGACACGUCGUACUCCAAGCUCCAGCUCUGCAUAGUCGGCCCCAACGGGGAGCUCGCGCUGCAGAAGGAGGGGAGCAGGCGCUGCCUGUGGGGCGAGCUGGCGCUGCCCGCAGGCGGCCUGUGGCGCAUCUACGCGCUGUCCGUCGACGGGAGCGAGGCGAGGUAUUCUCUGCGGGUCUACCUCAAGGGCGGCACGGCCACCCUCACGGAGGUCAGCGGCGCCACCUUCUCGGAGGUCGCCGGCGACGCCGAGCCGGCGCCCGCCCCAGAGCUGCCCGCGGAGGAGCCGCUGCCGGAGGAGGUGGUCUCGCUCCAGGCCUGA